GCUGGGCACGGCGCGCAAGGUUGAGGCUCCUGCUGCGAUGGCCACGACGGUGCCGCAGGAGGCUGUGGCGGGGACGAGCAUGCCGAAGGUGGAGAAGACGAUCAGGAUGACGACGAGGUCGAAGGCAGCGGCUCCCGUCGCUUCGACGAGCCACGCCGAGGACGAAAGGUGGCGGCGGUCCAGAGGACAAGCCGAGGAGGAGGAGGAGGAGGAGGAGCGGGCGGCAAAGAGGAGGAAGACGCUGAGGUUUCGGCUCUCUCUCUCUCGGGAGGAGAUAAUGGCGGAUUUCGAAGCGAUCACGGGAAAGAAGCUGCCGUCCCGUCCCAAGCGGCAUCAUCCCAAGGCGGUCCAGGAAAACCUCAGCGUGAUGUUUCCCGGUUCGAAUAUGCCCCAAUCCAUCAACGCCAAUCGCUACAAGCCGAAGAAAUCUUCCUGAUGAUUUGCUUCGGAGUUUGCACGUCCUUCCUCCUCGCGGCCUCCUUCCUCGUGUGCUCAAGUCGUCUUUGGGAUAAGGAGAUUGAUU